UUUUCGCUCGGGCUUUGAGUGAGCAUUUUUCUUCACCCCUUACAACAGCUCUGGCAAAAACAUGCAGCUAGCUAGGUUAGCUUGCUACGCUGUCCUGAUGCCUUCAACUCAGGCUCAGAUGGUUGUUUUUAUUUAUUUAACCUCGUACCUAAUGUAGCUAAUGUGAAUACUAAGAAGCAUUAGACAAAGUCAUAGUUUUCUUUAUGUUGAACUCCACAGAACAGCUAGUUUAGCUGAAUGCCGAAUGAGUGGAUAUGAAGAAUCUGUGAUGGAGAACUUUUAGCUGGGUUAGCUAACUAUAUUUUAAGUCCAAAUUAUGGGAGGGAUUAGAGAUGCUUACCAGGACAUCCAACCUGUGACUCUGCGACUUGCGGAGGACAGCAUCACGUCACACCUUUACUGCAGCUCAGCCAAUAGUAUCGAAGCUCACCUGUCCACCUUGGUUGAGGCCUUUUUAGUUGAAGUGUUCCGGUGCCGAGUAUGCCAGUUCACCAGCAGUCAGAAAGCCAGGAUCAGCAGACAUGUGUCUGAGAGACAUUCGCCACAACCGUGCCCCCAUAUCUCGUGCCUGGAAAAAGAGGAUGAGGAGAGCUUGACUGUGGGCAUGAGGAUGGAUGAAGAACUGGAACAAAGCGGCUCUCCUUACGACCUCCAUUCUGACUCAAAUAACAGUGAGGACCAGAUGGACAUGGAACGCAUGUCUUUUCUGCUCCCCAUGUACAGUAUGCUGCAGAACAUUAGCCCACCAUGCGACAUGGGCCUGAGCUCCAACUCUGAUGGAAACCCGCAUGUGGCGCAAACGUGUGAGGUGAGCACUCUGUUUGAGGAGGACCAGCAUGGGCAAAACAGCGAGGAGGAAGCUGUGUUCCAGCUGGAGGACACCAGAGAUGGCAUGCCUGGACCCCUUUCGAAUAGGAUGGGCUGCACAGAAGACCAGGAUGAAGAGAUGGCCCAGUCAGCUCAUUUAAUGACACUGGGACUGUGCAGAAUCUCCAGCACUAAGUGCCCCUCUCAGCCUGCUCCUCUAGUCAGCAGGAUGGCUCUGACCACUGGAGGGCAGGAUGUGUCUAAUUCCUUUGUGGAGGACAAACAGCCCCUGCUAACCAUGGGGGAAAUGCAGAAGCCGGCCGAGGAGGAUAGAGGAUUUUCCUGCAUCCUCUGCCAGGCAAACAUGGCCAGCAAUAGCCUGCUGGAUGUGCACCUGAAGUGCCAUGAUGGAGAGCAGGGCUUUAAGUGUCCACGCUGCAGUUGGGCCACCAUGGAAUGGGGGAAUAUGGAGCGCCACUGGAAGGGCCAUGGGAGUAAGAGGAGUUCCAGACCUCACAAGUGUGCCCUCUGCCCCAAAGCGUUCAGAAGAGUGGACUCCCGAGACGCUCAUGAAAAGAGGCAUAACCGGCGUCAUCGAAUGCGGCCGAAGUGUUCUCCUGUGGCGCAGUGCCCUCUGUGCCUUGAGUGGUGCCAAUCAGAGAGAGAGUGGGAGAUACAUCAGCGCUGCCACUCUCAGGGUGGCUUUAAGUGCUUCUUCUGUGAUGUCACAGAAAAGUCAUGCAAGAAGAUCCACAAGCACAUCUUUAAUCAACACACAGAGAACAAUGCGGAUCCAGACCAACAGGCUCCCUGCUAUGAUGGACUCCUCAAGCUUAACAGUGAAUCACCAAGCAGUAACCCAAAAUGCUUCAGAGGAGUGCAGCCGGAGUCAUGGAGCCAGAAAGAAAAAACAAAACACAGAGUUGAGGGAAAAAAGAAGGAGUUGGAGAAGAAAGAUGGUGCGAGACACUCUGAGAUAAGGAGGGAUAGAGUCAAAGGACCUAAGAGAAAAGAGUUCUGCUGUACUCUCUGUGAUCGUAAGUUUUCUAGUAAACUGACUAUGCGUCGACACAUGGGGAUCCACCAGGGGGAUAAGCCGUUUGAGUGUCCCCACUGCCACUACUCCACAAGACUAAAGGCCUCACUCAUCCAGCACCUGCGUGUUCAUACAGGAGAGAAGCCGUACAAGUGUCCCCAGUGUUCCUACGCCUCCAUAGACCGGAGCUCUCUGCGCCGACACCUCCGCACACACACGCAAGAAAAGCCCUACCACUGCCAGUACUGCCCCUACAGCUGCAUCCAGAAGAAAAGCCUGGACCUUCACUCUCGAAGACAUCACACAGGAGAGUCGUUCCCCUGCCCCCUGUGCCAGUACUCUACACCAGACCGCCAGCUGCUGUUACGACACACACAUAAACACCACAGUACCGAACAGUCUAGCACGCUGGGGUCAAGAACUCGACAACAGUCUAUUACUCACAAAAGUUCCUCAAAAAGGCCACGCCCCUCUACAUGACACUGAACACAUGAAAUUUAUAUAUUUUAUAAUGGACUUUUAGUAUUGUUUUUAGACUUCUAUUAUACUAUUAAUGUUGAAUAAAAUGUAUAAUGUGUUCAUUAUCUGUGGCAUUGUCUGAAAUUACAUUUUGAAGUGGAAUUGUUGCCAAAUUGUCAUUUUUAUAAUAAUAUUAAAACAUUUAAUACAGUUGUAGUACCUACAACCCUAAUUCAGAAGAGGUUGGCACAGUAAGAACAAGGCAAAUAAAAAAACAGU